UGACAUCAUCAACAGCAUCAUCAAACUGUUGUUUUUUCUCUCAGUGUGUUUUGACAUAAAAGUUAUUUCAUUUCUGUCAAACUAAAACUACGUCUUGAUUUAUUUUAAUUUAUUCUUUUCAACAAUUAAUUGUCGUUGUUGUUUUUUAAUUUUAAUUAGUACUUUUGUGCAUUUUUGUCGCGCGGCUUUCUCGCGCAAUCGUGCUCCAGAUAAGCAUUCGUGUAGAGGAACCUUAUGUCAAACAGCAGCCAGUUUUUCUAUAACCAGAGUAUAAGACAGCAGAGUGUGUCAACAUGAAGAAACUCUUCUCCAAGAUUGACAAUACAUCAAAAGAGCCAAAUAGCUACCUGGGAAAAGUAUUUGUUGUUGGACGACACACUGUUACAGUUGAAGAAAUUUUAGCUGAAGGUGGUUUUGCAAUUGUAUUUUUGGUCAAGUCUUCAAGUGGACGAUAUGCACUCAAGCGUAUGUAUGUCAAUAACGAGCAUGAUCUCAAUGUUUGUAAGAGGGAGAUACAAAUUGCAAGUAACUUGAGUGGACACAAAAAUAUUAUAGGAUAUAUUGAUAGUAGUAUAACACAUACUGGAGGUGGUGUUCAUGAACUUUUAUUAUUAAUGCCUUAUUGUAAAUCUCAAGUUCUUCAAAUGAUGAAUAAUAGGUUACAAAGUGGCUUUACUGAAUCUGAAGUGCUACAAAUAUUCUGUGAUGUUUGUGAAGCCGUAUCACGAUUACAUCAUUGUCAAACGCCAAUAAUUCACAGGGAUCUAAAGGUUGAAAAUAUAUUAUUAGCUGAUUCAGGUCAUUAUGUACUAUGUGAUUUUGGUUCAGCAACUGGAAAAAUAUUAAAUCCAAGUAUACAAGGAGCUUCAAUUGUUGAAGAAGAAAUUAAAAAAUAUACAACACUUAGUUAUAGAUCACCUGAAAUGGUUGAUAUGUAUUGUGGAUAUCCAAUAACAACAAAAUCAGAUAUAUGGGCACUUGGUUGUUUACUAUAUAAAUUAUGUUAUUUUACAUUACCAUUUGGUGAUAGUACACUUGCAAUAUCAUCAGGAAAUUUUGUAAUACCAGAUAAUUCAAAAUACAGUAAACAACUUAAUAAUUUAAUACGUUAUAUGCUUGAAAUUGAUCCAGAAUUAAGACCAGAUAUUUAUCAAGUAUCAAUUAUUGCAUUUAAAUUACAAGGUAAAGAUUGUCCAGUACAAAAUUUACAUAAAGUUACAACUCCAACAAUUGAAUUAUUACCAAAUGCAAUAACUGAAACAGAAAAUUUAAAAAAAUUAUCAACAGUUAAAAUAACAAAAGCAUCAACAUCAGCAUUAGUUGAAGGUACAUCAGUAACACCAAGACAAAGACCAAAAGGUCAAGUUACUACUAUUGGUAGUGGUCCUAUUAGUUUAUCUGGUCAAAUUGUUAGUCAAAUAUCUGGUCAAGGACAAGUAAAUACACAACAACAACAACAACAACAAACAGUAACAUCAACAGUAUCUGUAAUACCAACACCACCAGUAUUACAAUUAUCAAUGCAAUCAACAUUUAAUCAAGUACCACAACAAAAUAUAUCAUCACCAAAUCAAACAUCAAGUCCAUUAAUUGUAAAUUCACCAAUUUUACAACAACAAUCACCAGUAACAAUACAAGAUAAAAAUACAUUUUAUUUUGAUGCUAAACAAAUUGAUAAUAAAACAACAACAAAAAUUGAAGUACGUGAUGAUAAUUUAGAAGCUUUAUUUCCACCAUCUGGUUAUCCAGAUCCAUUUAAAGAUGAUUCACGUACAAUGCCACCACCAUCUAAAAUUCCACCUCCAGUUGCACCAAAACCAACAACAACAACAACUCCAAAAGUACUUCCAAAAUUAACAACACCAACAAAUACAGUUCCACCAUUAAAAUUCAUAUCAACAAAUCAAAUAUCAACAAAAUUAAAUACACCUAUUGUUCUUAAUAAAAUAACAACAAUAGCACCACCAAGUACAUCAAAAAUAAAUAAUAAAAAUGAGAGUCAAAGUCAAAAUAUUAGUGCAAAUAUAUCACCUCCAGAUAGUCCAACAAUGACACCAUCAAGACACAGAAGAAAUGUCAGUGAUACAAGUGCAUUUAACAAAGUAUUUGCAAAUGAAACAUCACAAUUUUUAGCACCAUAUGAUGCAUCAGUAAGACCACAAUCUGGUGAAAUAACACCACCAGAAAAUAAAACAGAUUAUAAACCAGGAAUUGGUGCUAGUGUAUCACAUGUACGUAUUGGUGAACUUUCAAGUGUUACAACAAAUGAUAGUCGUUCAUUAAGCAGUGAUGUUGCAACAUGGAAUCCAUUUGAGGAUGCUCAACCAUUUAAUCAACUUACUGAGGAUCAUAUAUUUGGUGCUGAAUUUGAUAAAAUAAGAAGAGGCAGUAGUAGCAGUAUAAGUGGUGUUAAAAGUCGUGAAAGUUUAGUUAUGACUUAUACUGAUGUACCAGUUGAUGAUCCAUUUGAAUCAGCACCAUUUAAAUUACCAACGGGUAAAAAAUCAAAACUCGGUUCAAAGACGGCUGCAAUUGCUGGAGGCCCAAUACCAGAUAAUAAAGGAAAAAUAACAGUUCAUUGGAGUCCACAAAUUGAGACACAAACAAUUGAUGAUGAAGAAAAAUUAUUAACCGAGUCUAGUCCAGUAUCACCACCAUUUGUACGUAUUCCAAUUGAAGAUAGAUCAAAAUAUGAAAAAUUAGCAUUUAAUAUUGAUGAUUUAUCAAGUGAUAGUGAUAAAGAAAUUGCACAAAGAAAUGAAGAAAGAUUAAAAAAAAAAAGACGUCGUGUUAAGGGUGUAUUAAUUAGAAAAAAAAAAGAUAUAGGUAAUAAUAAUAAUAGUAAUAUAGAAAUAGAUCAAGCAAAAGUUGAAUAUGAAUCAGAUGAUUCAAUUGGUUCAGCAAGUGAUUUAAAAGCAAUGAAUGAUGAAGAUAUUAAUAAUGAAGAACGUGAUAAAUCAAAAAUUGAUGAAACAAUAUCAGAAAGUGUUCGUACUUGUGGUAGUUCAGCAUAUCAUGCUGAAUGUGAAUCAGUUGCAACUCAUGAUGAUGAUAAUAGAAUUAAAAAAAUUAAAAAACAUCAUAAUAAAUAUAAUAAUGAUAAAUUAUUAACAAUAAUUGAUACAACAGAUCCAAUUGUUGGUCAUGAUUAUGGUGAAAAACCAUUAUUAUUAGAUGAUGAAUUAGAUCCAGAAUCAAAACCUGAACAAUCACAUGGUGAUCCAUUUGUAAGUCAUCAAUAUAAUAAAACAAUAAAUAAACAAAUAUUAUUUGGUAAUUGUAGUUCAUCAGAUGAAAUGGAUAAUUUAAAAAUUAAUAAUGGUAUAUUUAAAAAAGAUGAUGAUGUUUUUUCAAUGGCACCAUUUACAAGACUAUCAAGUAAUUCAAGAAAAAGUAAUUGUAGUCGUGAAAGUGCUACAAGACUUGUUAGAUCAUCUAGUCUUGCAAGUACACCACCACCACCACCAAUAACAUCAACAUCAACAUCAAAUGCCAAUUUUAAAAAUAUUAGUAUUGAUGAAAAUUUAAUAACAUCAACUCCAACAAAAUCAUCAAAUAAACAAGAAAAAAUUAUAAAUAAUAAUUAUGAAAAUAUUGAAUUUACUGUUACACAUAAAACAACUGAAUUUAAAAAAAUACCAGUUAUAAAUGAUGAAGAUUUAUUUGGUUCAUCACCAUUUAAUUCAACUGGUUUUACAAAUCCAUUUAAUAAACAUAAUUAUACAACAAUAGAUAAUAAAAAUAAUAAUUGUAUUGAUAGUAAUAAUGAUACUGUUGUAUCAACAUCAAAAUAUGGACAAGUUACUGUUAAUUCAAAAAGCAUAAUAACAAGUGAAUCACAAAAAGAUUUAUUUGGCUCAAUUCCAUUUGAUGAUUUUGCAACAAUGACUAUUAUUAAUAAUCAACAACGACCAACAUCUUUACCAUUAUCACAAACACCAACAUUUGUUGAUUCUGUAUUAACACAAUUAUUAACAACAAGUUCACAAUCAAAUAAUACAACAUCAAUGAUUAAUCAUAAUAAUCCAAUUAAUUUAAAUUCUCAACAAUUAAAUAAACAACAUAAUAUUGCUAAUGUUAUUGUUAAUCCAACAAAUAAUAUUUCAAUAUUUAAUAUUAAUUGUUCUGAUGAUACAUCAGUAACUAUGUCACCACAAUCACUUGUUGUUACUGAUGAUUUACAAAAAUUAAAAAAAGAUAAAUGUAAAAAUGACAAAACAAAAUAUCAACUUAUUAAUGAAAAUAAAAGUGAUAUGAUUAAUGUGUUGCCAUUAAAAACAACACAAAAGUUAAAAAAUAUUGCUUAUAAAAAAAAUUCAAAAGGUAAAAAAAAAACAGUUGUUAAUGCUGGUUUUAGUAAUUUAAGUUUUGAAGAUUUUCCAAGUGAUGAAAAUGAUGAUAAAAUAAUAACUGGUGAUAAAAAAAUUGUACCAUUUGAAGUUAUACGUGAACCAGAAAAACGUUUUGGAUCAUUAAAAAGAAGAAGUAAUCCAUUUACAUGAGAUGAAAAUUUUUGCAGCUUUUACAAAAAUUUAUAAUAUGUAAAUUUAUAUUAAUAAACAAAUUAUUUAAUAGCAGUAUUUCGAUUUUUAUAUGUAUUAAAAAUAUCCUUGUUUAUUGGAUAAUAAUAAUAUAAAAAAAAAACAACAACAACAAAAAAGAAAAUGGUGCGUUUAAUAUAAUAACAAGUGAUAAAUACUUACAUAGGUGUUUAUUUAUAAAAUGAAUUUGUAAAGUUUUGUCUUUAAUAACUUGACAGCUUAAUACCAAAAAGAAAAAAUAAUGAAAAUAUUCAAUUAACAUAAUUGAAAAAUAAAUUAAUACACGUGGCAUCUAUUUUUGCAGCUCAGCCUUUUUUCAUUACAUUUAUA